AUGAGAGCCUCCCCUUGCCUCUACAACUCCGCAGCUGCCCUCCGGAGGGUCUUCCUCGAAAACGCGUCCGCUCCAGCACCCCUGCUGCUCCAGACAAUCCUACUUCCUCGCCUCUCAGUUGCCGCCGCGACUGCUACCGUCCUCAACCAGACACGAUGCGCAUUCUCGACCCAAGGCGCUCUCCAGGUGAAAUGGGGAAAACGAAAGCCCAAUCAGGACGAAAAGAAGGACGCCAGCCUGCCCCGCGAUCUCGCAAUCAAAGAACCCUGGGUAUACCUGCGCGGCCUGGACGGCAAGCUCACGGAGAGGCAACGGCCAGCGGACAUCAUCAGCCGGCUGGAUCGCACCCGAUACAGCCUGGCGAUGGUAUGGGCGCCGCCCAAGCCCAAGCCCGGCGAGCCAGAGACCCCGAAGGACACCGACUUGCCCGACUGGCCCGUGUGCGUCAUCGUCGACCGCCGCGCCGAGGCCGCUGCUCUGCAGGCCAAGGCCAAGGAGGAACGCAGAAAGCAAGUGAGCAAGAAGGAGCUGGAGAUCAACUGGGCGAUUGCGGCGCACGACUUGGGAUUCCGCACGAGACAGCUCCAGAAUUUCCUGAGGAAGGGACACAGGGUGGAGAUCAUGCUGUUGCAAAAGAAGGAUAAGAAGCAGAAGAAGACGGCGACGCAGGAGGAGUGCCAGGAGGUGGUGCGCAUGAUCAGGGAGGCGGUUGCGGAGGUACCGAAGGUUCAGGAGCCCAAGCCGAUGGAUGGACAGGUUGGAAAGGUGGUCAGGAUGGUCUUCCAGGGCCCUACGCCUAAGAAGGAGGAUGCAGCGGCUGAGGAGGAGGAGAAGGAUGAAUAA